UCGGGUUUGGCUGGGCAGAGAGGGCGCUUGAGGAGAACCGAGCGGGGGGACUUUGAGGAGUUGAAGCGCUUCCACUUCCUCCUCAUUUCACCUUGCUUCUGGUCCCCCUUUCCUUUCCCUGCUCGCUGUCGCUCGCCAUCUCCCGUCAAGCUCCCGCCCCGGCGGAGAGGCCCUCAUGGCUCCUCAGAAGCACGGUGGUGGAGGCGCGGGGCCCAGCUCGGGUGCUCCAAGCGGAGGGGGAGGCGCCGUCGCGGCCACCACCACGGGCGGAGGCGCUGGCGGGGGUUUUGGCGGCUCUACCUCCGCCGCUGCCCCAGGCGGCAAGACUGGUGCUGCUAUUGGAGGCGGCGGCGGUGGCAGCGGUUAUUCUGGCGGCGGCGGCGGCGGCGGUUCCUCGGCGUCUUCGGCGGCGGCCGCCUCGGCUGCGGCCCUACCCCCGGUGAAGAAACCGAAGAUGGAGCAGAUCCAGGCCGACCACGAGCUCUUCCUUCAGGCCUUCGAGAAACCAACACAAAUAUAUAGAUUUCUACGUACCCGCAAUCUUAUAGCUCCAAUAUUCUUGCACAGAACUCUCACUUACAUGUCCCACAGAAACUCCCGAACAAAUAUCAAAAGGAAAACUUUCAGAGUAGACGGGAUGCUGACGAAAGUAGAGAAAACAAAGGGAGAACACGACUUACAAAGUUUAUCUGCUCAUCUACAACUUACCUUUACUGGUUUCUUCCAUAAAAAUGAUAAGCCAUUGCAAAACUCUGAAAAUGAACAAAGUUCUGUAACGCUGGAAGUAUUGCUUGUAAAAGUUUGCCAUAAGAAACGAAAGGAUGUUAGUUGUCCAAUAAGGCAAGUGCCCACUGGUAAAAAGCAGGUACCUUUGAAUCCAGACCUCAAUCAAAUGAAACCAGGCAACUUUCCUUCACUUGCUGUUUCUAGCAAUGAGUUUGAACCUAGUAACAGCCAUAUGGUGAAGUCUUACUCAUUAUUAUUCAGAGUAACACGUCCAGGAAGAAGAGAAUUUAAUGGGAUGAUAAAUGGUGAAACUAAUGAAAACAUUGAUGUUAAUGAGGAGCUUCCAACUAGAAGAAAACGCAAUUCUUCUAACCGUGAAGAUGGGGAAAAGACCUUUGUAGCACAAAUGACUGUAUUUGAUAAGAACAGACGACUACAGCUUCUUGAUGGGGAAUAUGAAGUAGCCAUGCAAGAAAUGGAAGAGUGCCCAAUCAGCAAGAAAAGAGCAACAUGGGAAACAAUACUUGAUGGGAAGAGGCUGCCUCCAUUUGAAACAUUUUCUCAGGGACCUACACUUCAGUUUACUCUUCGGUGGACAGGAGAGGCAAAUGAUAAACCUACAACUCCUACCACUAAGCCCCUUUCAACGAGGAAUUCAGAAAGUCUUCCUCAAGAAAACAAGCCCAGUUCUGUAAAACCUACACAGACUAUAGCUGUGAAAGAAUCUUUGCCGUCAGAUCUACAAACAAGAAAAGAAAGAGAUGUUUCAAAUGAGCCUCGACAGAAGCUGAGAAUAUUUUAUCAGUUUCUUUAUAAUAACAACACAAGGCAGCAGACUGAAGCAAGAGAUGACUUGCAUUGUCCAUGGUGCACAUUGAACUGUCGCAAGCUUUACAGCUUGCUUAAACAUCUCAAGCUUUGUCACAGCCGCUUUAUUUUCAAUUAUGUGUAUCAUCCAAAAGGUGCUAGGAUAGAUGUUUCUAUCAAUGAGUGUUAUGAUGGCUCCUAUGCAGGAAAUCCUCAGGAUAUUCAUCGUCAACCUGGGUUUGCCUUCAGUCGUAAUGGACCAGUCAAGCGAACUCCAAUUACACACAUCCUUGUAUGCAGACCAAAGCGUACAAAAGCCAGCAUGUCAGAGUUUCUUGAAUCUGAAGAUGGAGAAGUGGAACAGCAACGAACAUACAGCAGUGGACAUAAUCGGUUAUACUUUCACAGCGAUACCUGCCUACCUCUCCGUCCACAAGAAAUGGAAGUUGACAGUGAAGAUGAAAAGGAUCCUGAGUGGCUAAGGGAGAAAACUAUAACGCAAAUUGAAGAGUUUUCUGAUGUUAAUGAAGGAGAAAAAGAAGUGAUGAAAUUAUGGAAUCUGCAUGUUAUGAAGCACGGGUUUAUUGCAGACAAUCAAAUGAAUCAUGCCUGUAUGCUGUUUGUUGAAAAUUAUGGACACAAAAUAAUCAAGAAGAACUUAUGUCGAAACUUCAUGCUUCAUCUGGUCAGCAUGCAUGACUUUAAUCUUAUAAGCAUAAUGUCAAUAGACAAAGCUGUUACUAAGCUUCGAGAAAUGCAACAGAAAUUAGAAAAAGGAGAGUCAACUGUUGUCACAGCAUCAGAGGAGCUUUCUGAAGAACACUCUGGGACAACAAAUGGCUGCAUUGAAGCUAACACUAGAGAGAGAUCUUCAGAAAUGGAUAGUACAUCAUGCAUGACAAAACAGAAUAGAAAACAGAAGAUUUAGAAAGAAAAGCAAAGGCCAUUCAUGCAGUGGACAAAUAUUGAAGUGACUUUGUAAGAUGCAUGAACUCUGUAAGGAAUUUAAGAUAUACAGGUUUCUAACAGGCACUGCUGGAAGCAAAGGAUUUCAACAAUGAUAGUGUUAAUAUGGUUCCUAUUGAGUUAAUUAUGCAAGUACUACAUGUAUAUCAGUUCUAGUGAUGUAAUGACAAUACUCAAAGUUUGAGCAUGAAGAGCAAUACAAUUUUUGGGAAUUUUAAUUAUGAAUUGUACUGAAUUUACAUAACUUAAGUAUAUGUAAACCAGUUUUUAUAUAAAGUUUUUGCAUCUGUAUUGGCUGUCUUUCCUACUAUGGAGUUAAAAAUUAGGGAAGGGAUUGGGACAGUUUAUGCUUUGUACUUAGAAAUUCUUUGGGUUAACUUUUUGUGGGAAUAAUGCACCAUUUAAAGUUCAACUUGAUCUUUUUUGUUUUUAUUAAUACCUGUCAAACUACAGAAAGCAAAUUUUAAAGCACAUUUUAAAACAUUCAGCUGAAACAGCACUUCUUUGUCUCAUGUCUGUUUGGGGAAAAAUUCAUCACUUUUCUCAUCACAAACACAGAAGUACCAUCUUAAUUGUGACAGCAUAAUAGAAUUUGUAGAUAACUCUGAUCAUCUGGUAUACUAGAUCAAACCUUUAACCUACUUAAGCAGAACCAUUUCGGAUUACAUAAUGGCAUGCUGUGUUAACACCUAGAAGCUGUAGUGAGCAGUGCCUGAAUCUGUGCCUGUUUUUGCCUGUGAACAGACUGCAAGAUCAAAGAAUGGAGUUAACUUGGGAUUUCUGGAUGCUACUUUUGAGGGGAAAUGCACUGUAAAAUUGGGCCAGAAAAUGUGUUGCACUUCUUAGGCAAGUAUUCUGUCAUGUAUUGCAUUCAAUACAGAUGCUAACUAGUCUUGUGCAGUCUUGCACUGCUGUUAACACAUUUUAAGCAUAUGUUUACAGAUUUUCUUUUUUCCAAUGGAAAGUAGUUUCACUACUGGUACAGUAUCAGCACCACGGGUUUAUUCCAGCAAGCACUGUGGUUGAGUGACAUCACCUCAUUUUUUAAUUCUUAAAUAGUUCAUUUUCAUAAUCUUUAUUUAUAAAGGAUCAAUUAUGUAAAUACAGGAAUUUCUAAUUUUUUAUUUCAUUCCACCAUCAUAAGAAGGCAGUUCCCUAUUUGGGUUUUUUGUCUGCAGGUGGGGGGAAAGCUUUCUAAUGGGGGUUUUCAGAAAUUUAUAAAAUGUAAAUACUGACUUUGGUCCCUAAAGAUGUGUUUAACUGUGAGACUAUUUAACUAAUGGUGUGGAUGUGAUUUGUCAUCCAGUAUUAAGUUCUUAGUCAUGGAUUUGUGUCAAUAGGAAAGAGGGAGACUACAGCUAUCAUUAGACUGUUUGAUUUGCCUGCUCUGAGUUGUAGCAAAUUCUUAAUUACAUCUUUCAAUAGCUGGUCAAGCAUUUCUCUUGGGCUUUAAUUUGCUAAAGCUGUGCACAUAUGUAAAAAAUAUAUUUUAGGAGAGACUUAGUUCUAGAACUAUUGCUUUUGUCACUUCUUAAGCAGUCAUGCUCUUAAUGCUUAAAAGGAGGCUAGCAUUGUUUGCACAAAAAGUUGGUGACCCCCCCAAAAUAGUAAUGAAAUUACUUCUGUCCAGUAAACUUUGUAUGUCAUGUCCAUUUAUAAUAAAAUCUGAGAAUCCCUUUGUUUCUAUUUAUAAUAAAGAUGGAUUUUCUAUAUGUACUCUUAAGGAGACUUUGAAGAAAUCAUGUAAACUGGGUGAAACUUUGAAUGGUACAGUAGAUAAAGAGACAAUUGUUUAAUGGACCUUUUCAUUUUUACAUUAAAUGUUUAUUUGAAAUUGGAUUUUGUACAUAAAGUUCAAUAAUAUAAAAUCU